AAGAAUAGCCCCCACACAGCUAGACAGUGUCCCAAGCUCAUCAGCAGCAGUUCCGACACUGAGAAACAGAAACGAAUUCCAAAUCAGCCCCAUAAUCAAGAAAUCGUACCCGACACUUUCUUCAAUUAUGGCAAACAACAAUCAUAACGGCCAUAACGGUCAUAGCAAUCACAACAGUCACGGCUACGGCUGGCAACAACGAUCACCACAACCUCACCACCCAUCAACAAUGCCCAUGGAUCAACAGGGCUUCACACAGUCCAACGGCCUCCCUCCACAUCCUGGGUACGCUGCAGGCGCAGGUGUUGGAUACCCUCAACAUCACCAGUCAGCGCCACCAAACUACCAAGGUGGUCCUCCUUCUUCGCAGUAUUUUUAUCCACAGCACCCAGGUGCACCGCAAACUCGACAACCUAGAGGGAACAGUGCAUCCUUACCAUAUUCUUUCCCUACUGCCAGCACAGUGCCACCCAGUACAUUGCCUAUCAGCUCUCCAGCAAUGCAAGAGCACGUAUUUACGCCCUCCCCGCCUUCAUAUCUUGUUAAUCAGCACGACUAUUAUCUCCCUCAUGGUUCUUCAGUACCCUCAAACGCCGGGUCCAUAGCUGCCAGUCCUCAACCACAACCACUAAUGUCAUCCGGCACGGUUUACUCAUCGCCUGAAUCUACCCCAGUAUCUACAGAUAUACAGAAUCCACGGGUAGUGAGCUAUCGACCAAAACCGCAAUGCUUCGACCACGGCUGUAAUGGCCGCGAAUUCUCGACGUUUAGCAAUCUUCUGCGCCACCAAAGGGAGAAAUCCGGUGUCGUAGCCAAGGCCGAAUGUCCCAACUGUGGCGCCGUCUUCACGCGCACGACGGCGAGAAAUAUCCAUGUUUCCCAAGAUAAAUGCAAAGGAGUGGGGAGGGAAUCCUCAACCUAGCGGCCAAAGCUGGUAGGAAGAUAAAUCUGGCAAAGGGCCUCGGCGCUCAUACAAUCCACCUGUGGUUUGAACACCAAGUACAAGUGUCUGUCGCAAUUAGAACGCUUUUACUUCCAAAGUACCUAGUUUUUGCGAAGAGUGCCACCUAGGUUUCCACGGGGCGGCUCUGUUUGGGACAAGCGCCGAUGCUCAUUCGAUCUUUUCAUGACGGCAUUCGUUAUAUUCAUCUCGGAAAGGAUUACAAGGCGCAUAAUUGGCUGUCAGAACAUCGGUGUUACUGGGGAACAGGGUUGAAAUAGAAUUUACCAAGAGGCCUUGGGAUAGGCCCCACGCAGACUUAGUUGCAUGCCUAGUUUU